AUGGAGGAUUACAACGGGUGCACGGAUGUGACUCUAACGGACACGGGGUACCGCCCGGGUCCGUAUGCUACGGGCCUGGGGAGUCAAGCACCCACCAACAGCGGUGUGCCGACAGGAGCAAGGAGAAAAAGCAGCAGCAGCAGCAGCGGCGGCGGCGGCGGCGGCUCUCAACAGUUAGGACAUUCACAUGGCACGGCGAAGCAUCGCCGGUCGAAGCAGCAGCACGGCCCAGCAGCAGAGCACAAGCAGCAGCACCACGACAAGCACUCACACGAGUCAAGCGAGUCAAGCGGGCAGCAGCGGCAGAGGCGGCGGUCAGCGCUGGGCAAGUCUGCGGUGUUUGAGACAGUGAAGCCCUUCACCACGUCCAUGCUGGCUGAGGCUGUAGACGGCAUGCUGGGCACUGUUGGAGGCAGCUUCAGCAAGGAGAGGUGCGCUGGGUUGGGGGGAAUGAGAGGCAGUGGGUACUACGUGGCGCUGGACUUUGGUGGGUACUAUGUGGCGCUGGACUUUGGGUCGGAGCAGCAGACGUUCUGGUUGCAGAUCGACACAACCACGCCCGUCUCCUGGCUCUCCUGCGACUGCACACAGUGCUCCACUGGCUUCACCACCGGUUCUGCGUCCCCCCCAUUCGACCCAGCGGCGUCCAAGACCAACCUGCCGCUCACCUGCGCCGACAAGACCUGUGUCAGCAUGUCCUUCAUCUCUGGAACCGCAGCUGUGGGGUGCGGUAUGGCGCGGUCGCUGCCGGGGGACCCGGACGCGUGUGAGUACGCGCAGCGGUACGGCACGACUGCGAGUGGAGGGAGCGGAGUGAGCGGGUCUCAUCAGUCACACACACCACUAAGCCCCCACUCACUCUCCCUCCUUCCCUCAAAUUCCCUCCCCACGCCUUCACACCCUUCUUUCUCCCCUUUCAUCUCCCUGCACCACCCCACCCCUUGUCCCGCAUCCCCCAUUCCUCCCUCCCUCCUCCCCUGCCCACCACUGCACCACCAGCUGUGGCAGCUACCAAACGGGAAGCCCAUCGGGCGUCUCUCAGGCGCCCGACAGGGUGUGUGGUGUGGGCUGGGAAGAUGCAUUCAGUCGAUUGUCUCCGUGCUGUGGCAAACCGGCAGCCUAUCGGGAGUCUCCCGGGCCCCUGACGGGGUGUUUGGGCUGGGACGGGGCAUCCAGUCGAUCGUGUCCGUGGCAGCAGCGCAGGGCGUGUGGGCGGACACCUUCGCCCUGUGCCUGGAGGGCGACCCGUACGCCAAGGGAACAAAGCUGGGGGCUACUGAUGCCUCUCACCCUCCCUCCCUCCUUUCCUCCCCCUUCCCUCCCAUUUCCCACCCGUCUUCCUCCCCCACCGCCCCACCCCCUUGUCUCCCCUCGCCCUAUUUCUUUCCACCAGUUGUGGAAGCUACCAAACCGGCAUCGAUCGUCUCCGUGGCAGCAGCGCAGGGCGUGUGGGCGGACUCCUUCGCCCUGUGCCUGGAGGGCGACCCGUACGCCAAGGGCAGCUACGUGGUGCUGGGCACGAGUCUGGGGCCCACUGGCGCGCAGUGGACCACCUUCAUUGAGAUCGCUGACAGUCCGCUCUACUUCAUCCUCAUCAAGGGCGUGUCAGUAGCAGGCAUGCUUCUCCCCAUCUCCGCCAAUGUGUCACACCUUGAAUCUGGCCUCUCUCUCCCCCGGCCCCCCCUCCUAUCCCUGCCCAGUCCGCUCUGCUUCAUCCACAUCAAGGGCGUUCCGCUCUACUUCAUCCACAUCAAGGGCGUGUCAGUAGCAGGCACGCUUCUCCCCAUCCCUCCGCGCAACUUCCGCCCGCCCACCCCAACGGGAGAGGGCGGGGCCGUGCUGGACUCGUCCACCACAUUCACGGAGCUCCCAGGGGACGUGUUCCACGCACUCAUCACCGCGGUGGUUGAGACGGUGGGAGGAUUCUCGUUCAGCAAUAAGGACUCAGCUUCGCACAGCCUCAUGUGCUAUAUCAACAAGGACAUUGCCUCGUAA